AUGGAGGUCGUGCGGCGCCAGCUCGCCAGCGACAGCGACGCGUUUGAGUCAGCCUUGCGGCUGGUCAGGGCCCUGCUGAGCUACCACGCGCACCCCCGCCUGCUGGAGGCCGCUCUCGCCGUGCUCGGCGACGGGACGUCCGUGCUGCUGGGCGGCGGCGGGGUGCGGCUGGGCGACCCUUCUUUGGACAACAGGCUUUCCGUGCUGGCGCGUCUCCUGGUGACGUGCGGCGAUGAGCAGCACGCGGCCGUGGCGGCUGCGGUGGCCAAGCACGGCUUCAUCGGGCUGCUGCUCAAGGCACUGAUCAACCAAAGUUUUGACAUUAAGGCCAAUUCCAUCACCGUGCUCUUCGAGCUCUGCACCUGCCCCCGCUCCCGCGCGGCCGUCUCGGCGCACCCGGCGGCGCUCGCGACCCUCGCCAACGCGCUGCGCGCCGCCGGCGCGGCCGCGGGCGCCGCGAACGGCGACGAGGCGCACGGGUUUGCUUUGCUCGCGGACGACGCGCUGCUGGUGAUCCGACGCCUGAUUGCGCACAGCGCCGCCGCAGGCGAUGCGUUCGCCAAGAUGGCGCUGGCCCCGUCUGGCUCGGGCAUCCUAGACGCGUUGGAACGGCAGCUGGCGGCGCCCCUAGGGGGCGAGCACCCACACAUCAGCAACCGUCGCCCCCUGCGAGUGCUGGCCGCCGCCGCCACCGCCCUGGACGCCAUCACGCGCACCGCGAGCCGCUGCGGCCGGCUCGCGGCCCUGCAGAAGAGGCGUAUCCUUGUGCUUGGGGCCGCCCAGGCGCUGGUGCGGGUCGCGCAUGUCUUUCAAAGGGACGGGCACCCGCGUGGCGGGGGCCCGCCCGAGCAGAACGAGAGGUGGGUGUUGAACGAAGCCAAAAUGCUCUUGGCCGCGCUGGACUGCCUCACGGACGUCACCGCAGACGGCGGCGGCGCCGACGCCGCGCUUGCGGCGUUGCGUGAGAGCGGGCCCGAGGCGGUGGAGGCCUUAAAGGACGCGGCGGCGCGCGCGGCCACCGCACUUGUGGCGGCGUGGCCAGAUGACGGCGCAGAGACGCACGAGCAGAGGCUCCAUGACGAGGCGUUUGCUGCCAUGCUUAUGCGCCUGUCAUUGCGAUAUGAGGAUCUGAAGCAGCAGCAGCAGCAGCCGCAGCAGCCGCAGCAGCAGCAGCUGCCACACCUGGAGCAGUCGCGGCCGAACGAGCACCACCAGCAGCAGCAGCACCAGCAGAACUCAGCCGACAGCACCACCAGCAGCGGCCGCAGCAGAGGCGACCGCGCAACAGGCGUGGAUCCCGCACCAGCCGGAUCGGCAAAACCGGCGGUCUCCAGCAGCAGCCGCGCUUUGCCUGCUGUCGGCGAGGGCUCAUCCGAGCAGGGGCGCGGGCCCGCGAGCGGCAAUGAAUGCGCGGCGUGCGCCAAGACGCCGGCGGACGGCGCGCGGCUGCGCUUGUGCCGCGGCUGCCGCUCGGUGCGCUACUGCAGCCUGGAGUGCAUGCGCAGCGCGUGGCCCGGCCAUCGCCAGGCAUGCCAAGAGAGGCAGGCCACAGCCAGCGUGGCCCCGGCACCACAGGCUGUUUGA